AGCUUCCUUCUCUUCUCCCCUUCCCAAUGGCGAAAUCCCCCCUCUUUUCGAGCGCUCAUAAAAUCAAACCAAUCCUUCUCAUCCUCUUCUAUUCGUGUGUGACAGACUGGCUUUCCCACUCCGUCGAAUUUUUCGGCCAACCCCCAAUCCUUCCAUUGCGGUGAAGCCAACAGAGGGACUCUCUAAUCUGUCGACUAUCGGGAUACUCAGCUUGUUUGUUGGGCAUUCGUACUUUUCUGAACUUAGUCUUAGAGCUUGGCAGAAUGAGCGAUUCUGAGGAAGAAGCAUUUGAGGGUGAUGAUUCGGUCGGGGGUUCUUUGGAAGACUCAGCUUCAGCUAGUAGUUCAAGAGAUGAUGACUCUGGUUCGGCCUCUUCGGAGGAGGUAGGAGUUUCGAGAACGAGUAACAGCAACGAUGGGAGUGAGGGUGCCAACAGGCUUCCCCUCCAUGUUGCCACACCUGCGAGGUUGGGCAUUGAGCAGUGUCGUUCCUUGAAAAUAGUCUCUUGGAGGGACAUGUUUACUUCUUCUGAUAACCCUCCAGACGAAGGGCGGAAUCUUGGACCGAAGAUCUUUAGUGGUCUCACUUCGAGGGAUGCACUCACAUCUCAGCUCGUCGGGCUCCAUCUCCCAACGCAUUGGGAUUACGCCUGUUCCAGCGAUGGUGUUACCAUCGGCAAUUGUCCCAAGGGGUGGAUGGGUGUAUAUGUCGAGUCAGUGCAGUUCGGUAUGAUCUUUCCUCUGGCGAAUUGGCUCAAGGAGUUCAUUCACAAGACUGGAGCCACGGUCAGCCACCUCUCACCUUCCUUUUGGGCGCAAGCAACAGCUUUCACUCUGGCGUGUGAGCUAGUUGGCACGACCCCGACUUUACGUCUCUUUUGCUAUGUUUUCAGCAUCAUCCGUCAAACGAAUUGCUUGACUUUGCUGAAGAAUCGUGCUAUUAAGGGUUUCACUCGGACGUCCCCCAAGCUUACCCCAUGGUGUAGAGAUUUCUUCUUUGUGCGCCCUCCUCCGGAUGAGUGGGUAACUGAUGAUUCCAAGCCGCUUCGAACCGGUUGGGCACAGGGACGUAGUCUGGAACGAAUUAACUUAACGAACGAUGAGCAACAGAUUAUUGCUGCCAUAGAGGAGCUGCCUUCAUGGGACUUGCGGGACGAGCGCAUUUGCCUUGCUUUGGUGCGGGCUGUGUUUGAUAACUCAAUGGUGACGCGCCGGAGGCUCGUUCCUGCAGUUAUGGCCUCUCGAGGCACCGAAGGUGACUCCCGACACUCACCCGCUCCCAAAGUUUUGGCAGCAGCGGGGACAUCCCUGCAGGCUCCGCGUGCUUCCUCUGGCGCUCCUCCUCCUAGAAAUGUGUCGUCCUCUCAUCACGGAACCAAGCGGCGAGCUUCCGAUGUUCAAGCUGAGCGAGCCACUCGUGCCCGAAUAGGGUCGAAGUCGGUUGUGAUUCCUGCCGAUGCCCGUCAGUCAAAGCAGGCUGCUGUCAGUGCGCUGCACUCUAUUGCUUCGGCACUCUCCGAUGACGAGGAGAUGAUACCCGCUUCUGAAGUCGACGGCAGUGUCGCCGACGCCUGUCUUCUGUUACUGGAUCGUGCAGACAAGUUGAUACUCCAACACACAGAGGAACGCGAGGCUCGGCGUAAGAUUUCUCAGACGGCCGACGGUUACAGAAAGGAGAUCGACGAGCUGAAGAAAGCUCUUGAAGCCUGCGAGGCGAAACAGAAGGAUAUGGAGUCGCGCCAUGCUGAGGAGGCCUCUGCUGCUCGGGACUUUCUUGAAAAUGAGAGAGAGGGCUGGCACUUGAACCUGGAAAAUGCGGUCAAGGAGGCGAAGGCUACCGCACUCAAGCGAUGCAGGAACAUGAUCGACAAACUCUAUCGCGGCAUUCCUGCGGUGUUCAGAGAGCUCUAUCCUGAAGACAGAUGGGAGCCGGCGUUCACGAGGAAGCUCUCGGCCUUCGUUAAAACUGAAGGCAAGUCCCUUGCGGCCGAGGAUGGCACCUACGAUGCACUUGAUGUCAAUGGCGUGGCCAUAAAGGACUAUUUUCCUACCGGCAGGGAUGGGAAGCUAUUGCCCAGCUUAAGGUUAGAUUAGUAUGAUGCUGUGUUAGGUCGAUUCCAGUUUAGAGUCUACGCCUGAAAUCUAUACAAGUAUCUAAUUUACUUUCGCAAGAUCAAUGUUCUCCAUCAAGGAUAUACCUUUGGGAACGUUAAUUAAUAUGGACUACUGAUUUGUGUUUGGUUUUAAGUCGGGC